AUGGUUGUCUCAGAGAAAAGAGAAAUUGAUUUAUUUGUAGCAAGUAAAAUAGGUUCAUUUAAGCAUAUAAAAUAUCACACAGACAACACAAAAAAUACAAAAAAAUGUAUAGAAAAUUUAGUAGAUAUAAAGAGUUUACAAAAGGAAGAUGCUAUAACUUCAAUGGUAUGGAGUAAUGGAGAACAAACAGAAAUCCUAAUUGGUAGAAAAAAUCAACAGGUCCAAGUGUACAAUACUCUACAGGGCUUCACUAAAACAUAUACAGCAGAUUUUGGCGAAGGAGAUAUAGUUGGUCUCGGCAAGUACAAGAGAAGACUAAUAGCAGCGUUGUCUAGCGGUGUUGUUCAAGUCUGGUCGAAGAAGGAGAAUUUUGUAGUUAAUACGGGAGCCAAGUUGGAUAAAAUGAAAGUGUUUGAAGAGGAUUCUACAUUGUUUGCUACUGGUGGUGAAGAAAACGAACUGAAAGUAUGGAAGAUUGGUGAACCAGAGUCUAUAUUUACUGCUAAGAACCUUCCACACGACUGGUUGCAGCUAAGAAGACCGGUGUGGGUUUCAGACCUGGCGUUUUUAAGCCAGGACGUACUGGCUGUGUGUUCGAGAUAUGGAUAUGUUAGGUUAUAUGACACUAGGGCUCAGAGACGGCCAGUGUGUAAUGUGGAGUUUGAGAAGAUGGCCGCCACCUGCAUCGUGCCAGGGUUUGAAGAGAGGCAAGUGUUUGUAGGUUUUGGUCGAGGCCAACUCCACCAAGUGGAUCUUCGGAGAGGGAAACCGGACAAGGGGUAUAAGGGUGCUGUGGGGGCUGUCACCAGCAUUGGUCUGGUGAGGGGUGGGGGUGAGGGUCGGAGUGGGGGUCUGGUGGUGAGCAACAGCCUGGACAGACAUGUGAGGGUUCAUAGCUACGAGACUAAGGAGAUGAUCUAUAAGCAAUAUCUAACAUCUAAGCUAGCAGCUAUCCUAGUACAGACAGCAAGAUCCACUCCCCUUCAGAACGAGGACCAGGUGAAAGAAGAAGACCAGGUUGAAGACCUGGAGGUCAAGGAGGAAGAUGACAUGGAUGAAAUAUUUGAUAAUAUGGAGACUGUGGGUGAAAAAUCACGCAAGAAGCGUUCCGAAGCACUAGAAACAGAAGCACAAGAAACGGAAGCAAAAAGAUCAAAGCCAUCCACAGAAGGAAGCACAAUAGAAGUCGACGAUGAAGAAGCAAAAGAAGAAGCGAUCGUUAAACUUCUCAGAAGCACAGAGAAGCAAAAGAAGAGAAUGGAGAAACGGAAGAGGGAGAAGAAAGCCAAGAGUGUGUUUCAUAAUGCU